UUAAAAGUGAGCAUACAAGGAAGUUGGUUUAAAUUUGAAAUUGAAAUGAGCAAAAGUUUUCAGAAAAUGGAUAAUAAGAACAUACAUCUGACGCAGUUGUUUGUAUUGAAACUGGUUUAGAUUUCACAAGUACAUGAUGAAGUAAAAACGCUGAUGGAAUACGCGAAAUCAGAAAUUGAAGGGUCUCAAACAGAAUUAUGGAGAGCAAAAAAGACGCGCCAUGCGUCCCCGGGAAACCCGUAUUAAGGCGGCACGUUCACAGGACAUUUGAAUAGCGACCCUGAGGACAAGCUGCUAUGUAGGAUGUUAAAGGCGGUAUUCAGGAAAGGAUUGAUGUUCACCUUUGGGAAGGAUGGAACAGUUGUCCUGGAUGGCGUCUCAUUGUAUAAUGGUUCAGUGUAUCCUUUCCCAGGGUGGGAGGCAUGGGUUGAAUACAGACGGACCUUGAAAGCGGAACUGGAAGCCAAAGGUAUCGCAGAGGCGAAUAUAAAUCAGACGAAGGAGCUGUGCGAGACCUUAACUGUCGACGUUCCACGUUUGUUCGAAUUUGCCCUUAAAUGAGAUGUAUGCGGACUUUGCAACCAAGGGCAUAGCAGAGGCAAAUGAAGAACUUUAAUUUUCGUCUGUCUGUUGUCCAUGGUCCAAGUUACAACUUUUGAUGAUUGAUAUGUAUGUCGGUACUACACGCUCAGAUUUUAACUGUUCCAUAAGAAGAACAAUAGAAGUAAUAUUCCGGAGUGAUUUACUAAAGAAAGCAUGGACCGAAUAACAUGGGUCCGCGCGUAAGCCGGUAAUGAGGCCUCUCAGCGUGCCCAAAGGUCGAAUUGUUUUUAUCCGGUCAGAACAAGUGCAAAUUACUGUAGAACGUUCCAAACUGGAUCAAACGCGAGGACAAUUGAGUUCAAGUGAUAAAGGUACUCAUAUGAAGAUCAAGUUAUACAAGUGAAAUAAUUAACUGACAAAUGGUCAUAUAUUUAUCCCACAAAUAAAACUUGCGCAUUUAAAAACGUUUUAACUUCAUUCCUUUUAUCUUAAACUGCAUUAGCAAAUGCCAUGGCAUCAAACCAGACUCAGUGUGAAAUGUGCAGUAAAGAACAUGCAGUCGGAUAUUGCAAAACCUGAGGGAACAUUGGUGAAACGUGUGUUGAAAUUCAUAAGACAGGAAGAGCAUUCAAAAUCCACAUUCUUAACAUGUAUGAAAAUGAUGGGUGCAAUCCAAGGCGCAUUUUGUGUGAUAUCAUACAGAAGAUGUGUACACACCAUCCGACUGAAAGAACGGCAUUAUUUUGUAAAACUCAUGAAACUUUGAUAUGUGGUAGAUGUCUACAAUCCGAUCAUGUUUCAUCAUGCGGUGGAUAUGAUGUUGAUAUGUGUAAAGAUGCCACACAUAUUAAUUGUGAUCCGGCUAAUGAUACGACCGUAGCUUUAUAUAUAAUAAGAGAUAUUGCAGGUGACAUUAAGCAAAUGAAGAAAGAGAUUGAUCAAAGAAUUGAAACAAAUAAUACCAACGUGGUAAAAGGCAAUAAAGAAUUGGAUUCUUUGGAAAUUAAACUAAAAGGAAACGUUAAAGAUUCCAAAAGAGGUUUUAGUCAGGAAACAUGUACGACUAACGACUUUAACCUAGACGCAAACUCAAUGGGAAGUGCGAGUCAAGAAAUGCAAAUGACGCGUAAUGAACUCAUCGAAGCAUCUAUUAAAGCGAAACUGGACGCAGAAAAAGCAGAAAUAGCACGAAAGAGACUCGAAAAAGAAUCACUGCAAGCGAAACAGAGGUUAGAAAAGACUGAAAAGACAAGGAAGGAGCUGUGUGACGAGCUGAAACAUGUGAAACAUGACCUUGAGACGUCCGAAAAGACAAGAAAUAAGUACGACCGAGAGUUACUGCAAUCAAAGAAUGUUAUAGAACAAGGUGACAAGACAAGGCAGGAACUGUGUAAUGAGCUGAAACUAGUGAAACAAUACCUGGAAAAUUCAGAAAAGACCAGGAAGCAACAUUGUGAUGAGCUAAAACAACAGCUUGAUACUUCGGAAAAGACAAGACAGUCACUGCGUGAUGAGCUGAAACAAGUCAAACAUGACCUUGAGACGUCCGAAAAGACAAGAAAUACGUACAACAAAGAGUUACUGCAAUCAAAGAAUUUCAUAGAGCAAUGUGAAAAGACAAGGCAGGAACUGUGUAAUGAGCUAAAACUAGUGAAACAAGACCUAGAUGAUUCAGAAAAGACCAGAGAGCAACAAAGUGAUGAGCUGAAACAAGAGCUGGAUAUUUCGGAAAAGACAAGGCAGAAACUGUGUGAAGAGCUGGAACGAGUGAAAAAAGACCUUGAUAAUUCAGAAAAGACAAGGAAUGCACUAUGCGAUGAGCUGAAACAAGUGAAACAAGACAAAGAUAUUUUAGAAAAGGCAAGGAAUGCCUUUUGUGAUGAGCUGAAACAAGUGAAACAAGACAAAGAUAAUUCAGACAAGAAAAGACAGAUAUUCGAACAAGAAUUACUGAAAGCGAAACAGGGCAUAGAGGAAUCUGAAAAGGAAAGGGCAGUAUUAAAGGAACACAUUCCACAUCUGAAAAACAACAUUAAGUGGACUCAACCAACUGGAACAGUUGAGGUCAAAGACGGCGAAAAUCACUUUGGCCUUCCUUUCAUCAAUCUGAGUUUUACAUUCUCGGAUGGCAUUCAGACGGCGCACCAUCCAACCCCGGGAUGCUCGUAUAAAGGCGAUACGUUCACAGGAUAUUUGUAUUUCGACUCUGAGGGCGAGGGGUUAUGUAGGAUGUUCAAGGCGGCUUUUAGGAGAGGGCUGAUGUUCAACUUGGAAAAGAAAGGAAGAAUUGUCCUGAAUGGCGUCUCAUUGUUUACAGGAUUGAGUACAUCAGUGGAUUACUAUAGAUACACACGUACGUUGAAAGAGGAACUGUCAGCCAAAGGAAUCACAGAGAAGGACAUAAAUCAGACAGAGAAGCUGUACAAGUCAUUGACUGUCGAUGGUUCAUAUUUUUGCUCGAAAAGCGCUGAGCUCAUGAGACGUUAAGGGAAUUUUCAGACAAGGGCGAAACAAAGGCGAAUAUACAACAUUCAAAUUGCCGUUGUUCGUCUGUUGUGGAUAUAAUUGUUCGUGUUAAAAAGCGUGGUGUAAAGGAUAUUUUAUGAGAUGUGUUACUUAUACUUGGAACAUAAAAUAAAUGCUGUUGUUAGCGAGAUAACAAAUAACAAGCAUGAGCCGUGCGUACAAUGUUAAUUAUAUUAAAUCAGCAAUUUUGAUGACAUUUUGUAAAUAAGUGUGUUUUUUUUAAAGUUUGAAUGUGCUAUGUAAUUGUAAUGAAUUUUAAUGAAAUUGUUAUUCCACUAUGUGUACUACCCAUAAUAAUUCUGGUAUUUUUUGUUUCGUGUGGCUGUUUCCAGGACGUUCUGUUGUUUGUCCCUCGUAAAGUGUCAGUUACGAAUUAACAUUUUGCAUCUUAAUCAGAACAAAUAUUUAUAUUAUGUGUUUCCGGGUCAGGAUAGAAAAAUCCAAACUGUGGGCCCACGCGUAAGCCGGAAACGAGGCUCCACUCAGCGUGGCCGAAGGUAGGAUUGUUUUUAACCGGGCAAGUAAAACAUGAUUUAUGUUUAUGACUUACCUACAGUUAUCAAUAUGUGUAUAACUGACGCAGAGAAAGUAUGUUUGAACAUUUCACCAACAGUGCGAGGGUUGUUCCUUACUGACGUUAUGACAUUAAGUAGUUUUAGAUCACUGUCAACGUUUAAAAAUCUUAAAAAAAUGCGUUUGUGACGAUUAUUUAUUUCCUUUUCAAUUUAAUUUUUUGCGUAAUUUUAUAUUUAAUUGCGCUUUAUUUAAGACAUAAUGUACUUUUAAUUAACCAAUAAAAUAAAAAAAGUGGCGCAUUGUAGUGCGUGAAACAUUUGGCAUGUGGUGCCAGAUCGGAUUCUGCCGGGAUGGCUAACAUGACCGGAAAGGCCUCUACGGUUUGCACGUUCUUUUUUUUUUUUUUUUUUUUUUGUUUGUUUUUUUGUCAACUGAACUUUCCCAUGUAGUUACCAUUGUGUUAUGUUUAACACAGUACGUUAUGUAAAUGAUAAAUCUUCUCACCAUGAUUGUUAAUAUUUGGUUGUAAUUGUGAUGUUCUUGAUUGGUUUCCUCACAAAUAGUUAGUCUUUGAAAAAGUGAUUAUAUACUCCGUAUGAAUUUAUUAUUAAAUAGUUGUUUAUGCUCUAUGUGUGCGUGUAUUGUAUUAUUUUUUUUAGAAUAUUUAUUGAUGUAACAAUCAUGAAUAACAAUACUUUGAUAGUUACCCGUCUAGAAGUUAUAAAUACACAUAAACAUAUCCGGCUUGUUCACAAUGUCAUGUUUUGAUUGUUCACAUUUUGAAAACAUAGCUCUAAAUGUUCAUGUAAAAGAGACAAUGGAAACUUAAGGCGCACGUCAAGCAGUCAAUUCCACCACUAUGGCAUUGGUCUAGGACACACUACUUAAUCAAUCAUUAACAGCAUAAAUGUGUCACACGACAAUAAAUAGAGUGGUUUACAUUUAUAUCUUAGUAUCAAUGCAUGGUGUGUUAACCUUAGUUUGAUGGUCAGUGAGAACAGGAGUUUACUUCGUGUUCAGGCAAAAUCUUGAAUGCUUGACAACAAAGAUCUCAAACUAACGAAUGUAAGUUCGCUUUUUAAUGUGUACAAUUCCGGGUUCAAUGCACGACUGACUGAUACAAAAUGUUUUGUUUAACGAAUUGGUAUUAUAUAUUAUUUUGCAUAGCGCUUGGAAAUAAUAUGAUACAAUGAAGAUAGAUGUUGUCUAAAUUGUGAGGUUGUGCGCGCAUCACAUGACUCUAAUCCCAGUCACAUCGCCUUUCACGGGCCGUUCCGACUUGUAUUAAUAAAUAUAUUUAAGUGCAUGUAUGGUCGAACAGCGAUGUAAAUACGAUUUAUGUAUCUCGUUUGGAGUAUUUCGGCUUCUAACCAUAUGCCUCUUAAGACAUUUGUUUAAUUGUUUGACUUAUUGGCUUCAACCUGUAGUCUCCAGUGUAAAAUUACAAUUGACCAACAUGCAUUUCGUGUGUAGAGCAUUAUGCAGAAGUAAUACACUACAUGCAAGGUUUUGUUUUGUUACAUUACAAAAGAGCUAAAAACGAAAUGUGUAUAUAGACUUUCGGAGAUAUUAGUUGAAGAGUUGUUUUAUGUAUUAUGUGUAAUACUAAAUGCCUUGUAGGUUGUAUCGUGUACAUUACUUUAAACUCUAAUUGCAAACGACAAUUCUCCAGAUACUAAUCACUUAUACAAUCAGAAAGUUUAAACUUUAGCGUAUUUUAUCUGCUUUAUCAUCAACGUCCAAUCAUAAUGCUAUAUUAAACGGUUAAAUUAGCUAGUGAUACUAGUUAAAAAUGCAAGGUAGAUACAUGUAGUAUAAACGUGACAAACUUUGAAAUAAAACACGCAGUGCUAUGCAGUUAAAUACGCCAGAAAGUAAUUGGAUAGAGGAAUAAUCUUAUGUUCUUGUAUCUUAUUUAACAUUGUAUUUUGUUUUGUUUUGAAAGCACUGCAGCUAUCCAAUCAAACUGUAUACUAUCAUGAUAUUGAUAUCAACAUUUGUAGCCGUUUCAUUAUAUAAUCCCAAAAUGUAGUCAUCGUCAUAAUUGUUUGCAAAAUGUAAUUUACAAAAAUGCAUUGUACUAUUCGACUUUUCGAUGUAUAUAUUGUUAAAAAAAUAAGGAGGGAUAAAGUAUACAUGCUUGGGUUUAAACUUGACCUUGAAUUAUCAUAACAACUACUUGUAUUAAAGAAUUUUGGCCUAUGCCUUUCUUUAUACAUAGGUUUUGUAACGACUUGACAUGUCUGCCACUCCAUUGUUUCUAAUAAACACGCGUUUUCAUCAUCGUACUAUCGCGUUUUCAUCACCGUACUGUCGUGUUUUCAUCAUCGUACUAUCGCGUUUUCAUCAUCGUACUAUCGUACUGUCGUGUUUUCAUCAUCCUCCUGUCGUGUUUUCAUCAUCGUACUAUCGCCUUCCGGUGCGCAUGCGCAUGACAAAAAUGUCGGUUUCAGGGGUGACUGUAUUAAGUCAUUGAAUCAUGUCUUCAACUGAAGCAUUCACAACGCAUUUUGGAUUGUAUCAAUAAGAAAUACAUAAUUACCUUCGAGAGUUGUCCUACGGUCAAUAUGCAACUUGAGUCACUUUGAUAAAAAAUGAG